AUGGCAGUGACCAGGGCAGUGUCCUGGGCCACUCCCCGACCCCAAACUGCGAUCUGGCACAGCGACCGUCCCCAAAACUAUUACGACAUUUGGGGAAGUUUAUGGCCAGGUCCCCUGGACCGAGGCCCCUCCCACUGGACUUAUAAAAACAAGGCACCGCCCAGACUAGACAUCCCAGUUCCUCCAUUCAUUCUCAGCCAGGAAGCAAAGGCUUGGACACGCUCCCCCAGAAUGGACAGCUAUUUCUGGAAGAUCUCUGCGGUGCUGCUCACCAUCGGUGUGUGCCUUUUGCAAGAUGUUCAUAACACAACAGUGAUUCCAUCAUGUAUCCCAGAAGAAUCAGAUGACAAUUGCACUGCAUUAGUUCAAAUAGAAAAUAAUCCUCGGGUGGCUCAAGUGGCAAUUACAAAAUGUGGAGAGGACAUGCAAGGCUUGUGUUUACAUGGGCAAUGCAUCUAUGUGGUGGAUAUGAGUCAACACUUCUGUAGGUGCGAAGUGGGCUAUACCGGCAGCCGAUGCGAACAUUUUUUGCUAACUGUUCAAAAGCCCUUGAGCAAAGAAUACGUGGUACUGACCGUCAUACUUGUUAUUCUUUUCCUGAUCAUCAUUGCUGGCUCCACAUAUUACUUCCUCAGGUGGUAUAAGAACAGAAAAAGUAAAGAAUCAAACAAGGAAUAUGAAAGAGUGACUUUGAAUGAUGAAAAGAACUCGACAUUGCUACAAGUCUAAAAGAAGAAGCAAACCUGCCUGAACAGAGACUUUUAGUGUUAAUAGUUUUGUUUUAUUAAUAAUAUUU